CCCGCGCCUGCGCAGUGCGGCUGGACAGACCCGAACGGGUCACCCUGACGGUGUGGACGGCGCCGCGAUGCUAACCAGGUUCCUGGGCCCGCGCUACCGUGAGCUGGCGAGGAACUGGAUGCCCACGGCGGGCACAUGGGGCACCGUGGGUGCUGUGGGGCUGGUAUGGAUGACCGACUGGCGGCUGAUUCUGGACUGGGUGCCUUACAUCAAUGGCAAGUUUAAGAAGGACGAUUAAUCAAAAUGACCGUCUGUGGACUCCUCUGGCAUCCAGUGGUCUGGUGGUGCCAGCUUCUGCCAUGGUAGCACCUGCUGCAUCAGGAACAGCCCACGCCCUCCGGAUGGACCCCGAGGAAAUCCACAGCAUUACUUAAGACGUCUCAUGUUUCGAAAACAGCUUGGAUGUUUUAAUGCGUGUAGCAUUAAACUUCACUGUGAAACCUGC